CACGUGUUUAAUCUAACGCCACCGCUGCCGACCGGGCUCAUUGAUGGUUCAGUUUGCUUGGCUGGAGUGCAUCAACAACAACGUUAUUAUUAUGGUUCUCUGUCGAUUUUCCGGGACGUUCAGGCAGAUAGCCGCGUGUGUUGUUGGUUCGUAAUCAUUAUAUUAUUAUUAUAUCGCUAGUCAGCUUGAUUUUUAGUUUUUAUUUUCUCGUUUAUUUACCUAUAGUAAUAAAAUACACGUUUGUACAUUUUUUCCACUUCGUAUUGUGGACGCUAUGCCCGUCCGUAAGUAUGUUAAACGCAUUUGUAUACAUCACACGCAUAGAAGAUAUCCAAACGCAAAGACCGGACAAAAACAGCUCCAUUUCAAUAAAAAAAAAAAAAGAGAGCUGAUACUGUGGAUAGGGUGCGGUCACUUUUGUGAUCGGGUAAUCGGGAAGGUGAGAGACAUAAACUUAUUUAAAUUAUAUCUACAUGUAACGUUAAACUAUUGCGUACGAAAACUAUUUGGAGGAAGUUCGGUUAUACAUGUUUUGAAAGGCUAUAAUAUUUAAGAUUUCCAUAAAAAUUUGAUUUUAAAACAACCUAAUAAAAAAAAAAAAAACCAAUGUGUUACAUUAAAUUUUAUUUGUUUAAACAAAAUAUAUUUAUUUUUUCCCUGUAAUUUACCUGACGUAGUUUUGCGAAAAAAUUUUUACGAAACUCGGAUUUGAACUUGCAACCCCUGGGAUAACAUCAGGUAAAUACUACCGCUAGAUUACGACAUAUAUAUUCUAUGAAAUAAUAAUAUUGAAUUAUUUAACAUAACACAUAUAACAUUCGCAUCAUAUUAAAAUUUCAAAACUAAGUCAGUCAAUUUUGACUUCACCAUCGUUCUUAAAUUGACAACAGGUGUACAUAUUAUGAUCAAAACAAAAAAAAAAUUGAAAAAUUUGCAUAGACCAGUAACUAGAUUUGUUCCACAUAACUUUUUGCUCAAAAAAUGUACGUCAAAUUUUAUAUUAAAAUUCAUUUUUUAAAAAAUAAAUACUACAUUAAGCUCAAUUUUUUUUUCUUUUUUGACCAGAAAGUAUACUUAAAAAAAAAAAAAAAUCUCUCAUUAAAUAUGCAAACAUUUCUGUUUAGCUUAAACGAUUUUUGUCAAAAUUUAAUAUUGACACUUUUUAUAAGAAAAAAAAACUACAUAAAACUCUAUUUUUUUCAACCACAAAAUAUGACAUUUAGUGAACUUCCCGUUCAAUUUUCAAACAUUUCUGGUUAGUCUGAAAAUUGUAUCCACAGACUGCAGUGGUGGAUUUAAGGGUUCAAAUAAAUCCGGCAAAUCCAUUAGAGGGGCUUCGUACAAAAUGUAUCAGUAACAUACUUACCCCAAAUUUACAAAACAGAUCGCUUUGCUUUGCUAAACAAAAUUAAUAGUUAGUAUAUAAAAUAAAAUUACAAAACUAAGAAUCUCUGCAAGCUUUGGAAAAAUUGUUGAUAAGAUCGUUCAUAUUAAUAAGUUGUGCUGCUUCAUACUCCAUAGAAAAUAAGGCUGAAUUGCUUGUUCAGUUUUAAACCAUAGUUAAUCGAAGAUAAUUUUUUAAUGAUCUUAGUACACUCAUAGUUUUUUAGCACUCGCACUUCACAAUGGGUAAUGAUAAACAUAUUUUAAAUAAGUUUCCGUUUGGGGCAACACAUAGGACAGAGAAAGGUUAAAGAUGAAUGUAAAAUAACUUAAUAUAUAUUCUAUUGAAUAUUGGUAUAUUUUAAUUAGUAUUGUGUGUGAAAACCGAUGCGGUGAAAUUGAUUAUAAAAUCAUAAAUUCGUACAUAGAGAUUAGUGUACAGUAUUGCAGUAGUAUCUAUUAUAAUUAUAAAUAAUAUUAUUUGUUAUCAACGGUAGUGGAUAUAGAAGGUAGAAUAACUUAGUUUUAUGUCUGUAAGUUAUUUGUUCGAUCUUUUCUAUAUUUGUUUAAUUAUAACAUAUUCUACUUUUGAACUAUCCUAUGUAUUUAAAUUAAAUAAAGUAAACAAAUAUAGUUAAUAUAUACAAUGUAUAUAUGUAUAUUAUACAUAUAUAUAAAACGUAAACCGGGAAAUUUCAACUAUGAUAUACCUGAUGAUAAAUUUUUAAUUCGAAACCGGUCGUUUAAUGUUAAUACACUUAAUACAAUACUCCAGUCUACACAUUCAUUAAUUUAUUUUAUAUGUAUAUUUUGUAUUUAUAUAUUUAUUUAGGAGUAUUAACUAUUUUAAUAAUUUUGUUUUUACUUUAUUAUUUUUUUUAUAUAUUUAAAUUAUUUUAUAAUUAAAACAAUGCAAAUUUUAUUCCAUUCAGCAAUAUAAUUGUUUUUUUUUUUUGAGCAAAAUUUAAAAAAAAGGUCCGUUAAAUACGCCACUGCCAUAAAGUAUCUGUGUUAAAUACACAUACAAAGGUUAAAUGGCAAUAGUUUAUGUUAAAUAAAUUAAGUGCUGUGUCUUGACUUCUCACGUAUAAUAUCAUUAGGUGUAUUUAUAAUAUAUUAUUAUCUAAUCUUAAAUAAAAAAUAUUUGACGAUUUCUACAUACCAAUAAUAAAAUUAUCAAAUUAAAAAAAAUCAAUUAAGUACAAAAUUAAAUUAUCUUAUAUUAUACACAAUGUCCUAUAGUGUUAUGCUUAUACUAAUAACACUGUCAAUAUUCAUUUUUGGGUUCGUCGGGUUUUGUGCAUGUGUAGAGAAAAAUUAAAUUUUUAUUUUUACAUCAUAAUCACUAAAAAAAUAACUUUCUAUUUAUCCAAAAUAGCAAUUUUGUAAAAUAUAUUAUUUUAAACAUUUUAAUAUAUAUCAUUCAUAUUAUAUUCAAAUAAUAGUUUCUUAGUUUUAAUGGAUUUCACGUGUAGAAAAUAGUCAUGGAAACAAUUAAUAUUUAAUAUGGGAUGAGAUACAAAUUUAAUUUUUCUAUACAUAUGUAAAAAAUUUCCCCCUCGCACAAAUCUCAAUUGAAAAAAAAAACGAAUAGUGACAGAUUUAUUAACAUAAUAAUAACAUUGUAGGACACUCUGUAUAUGAUCUACUUUGUACAAUUAUUUCAAAAUAUGUAGGUAUUAUAAAUGCAACUAUUGAGUGAGGUAAAAAUUUAUUAUAAUAUUUUAGAUACUUAUAUUUUUUAUAUUUACCUGACUCUUACAAUAAAACAAUUAAUUCAAUCUAAUUUAUACUCAUUGAGUUUUUUAUAAAAAAUAAAAUUCAUUAUCAUUUUAUUCAGUAUAUUUUGUAUACUUAAAAAAAAACUAAAAAAAUUAAUUUUUCAAAAUAAAUGAAAUAAUCGAUAUUUUAUCAUUUUUCUUAGAAAAUAAUGAGAUAAUAGUCAUAAUAAUCUAUAAUUUAUAGAUUUAUGAACAUUUUUAUACUUACAUUUUUUAUUUAAAAUAAAAAACAUCUAUAGCUUAAGCUGUGUAUAUUUUGAGAUAAGUUCAAUAGUUUUUUUAUUAUACCCAAAAAACGACAAGUCAAUCCUAUUUUACAAUUUUCCAACCCCAUUCCGGCUCGGGAAGGAGGUGAAUAAUCAUGACCAAAUUUAACUCAAAUAACUUUCUUAUAAUAAUGAAUAAAAUCGUGGGGUGAGAAAUCAAAAGUGCGUAAAUUUAAAAUUAAGGGGACACAUACGUAUGUAGAAAAAAAUUUAAAAAAAUGUUUUUUUCAUCCCUUAAUUAUUGAAAAAAACAACUUUAUUUCAUCACAAAAUUUUUAAAAAUAGCCAUUUUAUAAGAAAUAUAAUUUGACAUGCAUUACGAUAUAGUUAAUAGCCAUACUACGUCCGGCGUCGCCCAUGCCAAUAUGUAUUAUUAUUAUUUUACCCAUUUUCAAUUUUGGUUUUAGCCGUGUCAGAAUUGAAUGAAAACAAAUAGGUGAGUAGUCCACUUUCGGGGGAUUAAAUGUGUUCUAUUGUAAAAUUUUAAUAGUGUAAAUAAUUGUAAUAAUAAUAAUUAUAAUAGUUUUAUUUUCUAUAGCAACCAUUGAAUAAAUAAAAAUAAAUUAAUAAUCAAUUAGUUAUUCGUACUUAAUAUACCUAAAAACUCCUAUUUUACUCCCUUAAGGAUUGAAUUUUCAAAAAUUCUUUCUUAGAGGAUACCUACGUCAUAUGUGCCAAAUUUCAGCCCGAUCCGUCCAGUGGUUUUGGCUAGGUGAUGAUGAAUCAGUCAGUCGGGACAUGUUAUUUCAUAUAUUAUUUAUACUUUAGUUUCUUUAUAUAUUAGCCGUUUUAAUUUCUAAAAAAUUGGCAUAAAAACAAUAAGUUUUCGAUAGAAGAUAAGAAAUUAUCUUGUUGAUUGUGAUUCCUUAUCGCGUAACGUGUUAUUCUAUUUAAAAUUAAUUGUUUUCAUGCCAAUUUUCAAGAAAUUAAAACACCUAUUACUAAGGAACUUUUGAUUGGAUAUGAAUGUAUAACACAUUCAAAUUUUUAAAAAAAUUGAAUGGAGGGGGAAAUAAUCUUCCCUAUCUUCGUGAUACCCCCCUAUGGGUAUCACGUUCUCUUAAAAUCCGCUCACAGUAUACCUAUGUAAAAUUUCGUGUCGUUUUCGCAGGUUCGUUGCCCGUGUUCAUGGCAGGCAUCGUGCUUGGCUGGCCGUCUCCGGUCAUCGAGUAUAUGACGGCCGGUUUGGGACCUGUGACGUUAUCCCCGACCCAAACGUCGUGGAUGAUCGCCUUUAUCGACGUUGGCAACUUCUUCAUGGCCAUACCCGCAGGAUGGCUGAUGGACUGGAUGGGACGCAAGUUCGUGCUGACCAUAUCCGGACCGCUGAUGGUUGUUGGAUGGUUGUUCAUACUGUUCGGAAGUCGAGUGAGAACCUUAUACUCGUAUUUAAGGACGGCCGAUAUCACUUUUUACAGAUAUCCAAUAUUCCGAAAUAUUAUGCUACUGAUAUUAAUACCCGAUACUACCAAUACCCGAUAUUUUGAAAUCUAGUUAUAGUAUUUUAAGUUGUCUAGAUGGUACUUUAAAGAGGUCAUUUUUUGAUUUUCGAUAUCAUUUAUUAAAUAAAUGUGUGGAAUAAGUGGAAUAAAACGUAGGAAAACGUUCAAUUUCACGAUUUCAUUAUUUUAUGAAAACACGGACGACGUUUUCUACCAGAAAACAUGAUUUAAUCAAAAAAUCACAAAAUAUCUUUUUUGUUGCCUUUUCGAUUUACUUUCUAAGUAUAUCACGACCAAAAAUUUUGAGCCACUUUUGAGCUUUUAAGAAAUUUUAAUUUUUGAGAGUUUUUUUGCUGUACUUCGGUUAUAAAUACACGUAGAAACUUUGAACUUGGUAAUAAGAUUUAUAUUAGAUUUACUUAGACGUGGUGAAAUCACCUAACCUUUUAGUAAUUUUUUGAAGUUCAGAGAAAAGUACCUAUAAUUAUAUAGCAGGCUGUAAUCAGAUACGCUAAUUGAUUUUUAUUAUGGCUAAUUUACUGUACACUAUUUUAAAUCAUUUAAGUAAUAGGCUUAUCAUUUUUUCAGCCGUGGCAAUUGUAUGUGGCUAGGCUGCUGCAAGGGGCCGCUGUCGCCAUCGGGUUUGUUGUAGCACCAGCGUAUGUUGGCGAACUAGCUAGCGUCCGGAUACGUGGCAAGCUGGGCCUGCUGAUCCAGGUAUGUUACGGUACAGGCCUGCAGUUUUCGUACACGGCCGGUUGGCUGUUCAACGACUACACUGCUCUGGCCAUUGCAUCAGCCUGCGUGUCCGUCGUUUCCAGCGUCUUAUUCCUGUUUCUACCCGAAUCGCCGUACUAUCUCAUGUUGACCGGCCAGCUGGAUGACGCCACGAAAUGUCUGUGGAACCUUAGGAGUUAUACUGCACAAGAGUUGGAAUCCGAAAUUGUGACUGUCAAAGGGUCCGUGAUGAACGAUACCAGGUAAAUAUUAAAACAUCCUCAUAACGGUUUGCGGCGUCAAACUGGUCGAAGUGUUAAUAAAUUCAAGAAAAUGUAUUUAAAUCAUUUUAAACUAGAAUGUCUAAAAUGAAAAUGUCAUAUCUAAACCACGAUAUUUAUUUAUAAAGUGUCUUUGCUGGUAGAAAAGUUGUCCACAGAAAAAAACAAAAUAACUAAAUAAACAUCAUUGUAAAACAAAUAUAUUUCUCGCUCCACUCAGAAUCUAAAACAUCUUUUGUGCUGCCUCCUCUCCCGUCUCAGUUGUUCCAUCUUUACGAAACAUUAUUUUAGUAACUACUAUUGUGUUAUGGAUGCCUAACGUGCUACAAUAAUGUGCUGUUGAUGUCACAAUAAAAGUGACUCUUCGAAUAAUUUGAUAUGUGUUUAACAGUAAAGCAAUACUAGCACUCCGAGUGUUAGAACUUUAGUCUUCACUCUAUGUCAUAGAAUAAUGUUUAAAAUAAAUAUAUUCUCCUGUGCCGUAAAAAGUAAUUUUUAAUACCGCAAAGUGAAUUAUAGCUUAAUUUACUUGAGACUUUAGUGAGAAUAUACUCGUUCUGGUGAUAAGAGCAAAGUUAUUUUAGCGAUCAUUUUUUUAUUAUUCGUUGAACUUUGGGCCCCUAUUUAAUACCUUAGUUCAAGAUUUUGAUAUAAUACAUUUGAGACUUCGGACUCUUACAUUAAAUUAUACACAAAAACUCCGUAUAGUUUUGAUCUAGCGCGUGUUAAAUCCUAUACACGAAAACAAUGGUUUUUUAACGUUUAUGUUUUCGUACAUGGUAAGGAAUUUACAAACGUAUUCGUAUCAAAAACGAAUAUCGUUUUUGUGUUUAAUUAAUAAUAAAAUGUGUUUUAUCAUUUAUGAAUAUUUGUGAAAUUCCAAGAAAAGUUCUUUAUUACGUCGUAAUGGCCUGGUCAAUAUCGUAUAUCCAUUCCAUAGGUUUCAAACGGAAACGAUAAAAAUGUUUCUAUCAGUAUUUUCGGUGAUGUAAUUUUUUUGGUUCGGACAAAUCGAUAUAACUUCCCUUUCUUCUAUUUUUUCGGAGAAGCUUUAUUACGAUAAUACGAUAUCGGCUCUGUCUUUCAUUGUCGGUCGCAUCGAUAAUCCCUAACUAGACGUCGUUGUGUUGACGUACACGUAAGUUAACGUUUUCUAAUAAAAUAUUUAUUAAUUAUAAAUUAUUAUCUAUAGUAAAAUAUUGUAUGGAAUCUAGCGGGUCAACCAAGAAUGAUGAUAGAAGGGAGUAAAAAAGGAGAAAGAGUGCAGAGCAAGAGAGUAUUUUUCUAAAGAACAAAUAUUUUUUCAUCUCAAAACCGAGAAUUAAGUAAAAAAUUAUAUUUGACGAACAAAAUCGAAUAUAUAAUAUCAAAUAUUAUAAAUUCGUUUUAUAUUAAUACUAUUCGGUGCCAAUCGUAUGAAAACUGUAGUAACUCCGAGGGACUGAACACUAUGUUAUUGCAAAGACGUUUCUUUAAAUACGCGUGGAAUUUAAUAUUUUUGGACUUAUAGAAUUUUCGUUUUGUCAAUAGUCUGUCUUGAUAGAUGGAUAAAUAUACGGAUAUUUCCAUAUCUUAUGGAGGGAGAUAUCGUCUUGCUGUUUAUUUCCAGCAGAAAUUUGAGUUGUCUGCACGGAAAUCGUUUGUGCUACGUUGAUUUAAUAUUAUAAUGUUCAUAUGUAUGCAUUACAUGUUAGGUGAAAGACAUUCCAAAUACAAUAAUUAUAUAAUAUAAUUCGAAAUUUUCAUUAUUUUGAUAUUGCAUCAUUGCGCUUCACAGUGCCGUAGUCAAGGGGGAAUGUGCCCUCUCUCCCGAAAUCUUAUUUUUUUCUAAAAUGCUGUGAUGCAGUUUAAAUUAAUUCGUUAUAUUAAUACAAUUUAUUAUUGGUAGUACUAUUAUAAGUAUUUUAAAAUAUUAUAAAUUUAUUCUUACAAGGUUACAAACUUUAUUUUAACUUUAUUGUAAAACUAAAGGGAUACAAAUAAGUGAUAAAGGAAUAAAAGAGUUAUAAAAUAAUAAAUGAUAAGUAUUCUAGUUUAAAAAAUAAAUGAAAAAAAAUAAGUGCCCGUCCUUCCCGAAAAAUUGUUCUGACUACGGUACUGACUUUUCAUGUUGUACACGUGAAUGAAUUCAAUUAUAACACUUAUAAAUAAAAAAUAUUAUCUACCAAACGUGUGGAAAAUGUAUUUAUCAUAAAAAUCAUCUGCUAAGAGAUCGUGGUAUGUUUUGGGUGGGGGAGAAAAUGUCCCCGUUCAAUGCGUCCGAUUUAUUCAGUCAAACCUAACCUAACCUAAUCUAAUCCCCGCCCUAAAAUUGAACAUGAACAAUGAUAUGAACAUGGAGAAAAUACAAUGGGACACCAUGUGUAUUACAAUAGUCUCAAUUUCUGGGAGACAUUCGACAAUGAAUACUUCCGUACGUUAUAAUAAUAUAACGAAAUCAUAUACUUACGACGUCGUUAUAUUAUUAGUAUAUUUAGUACUUUGUGCGUGUUAAAAACGCUUAAUCAAUUCCGAAUGUACAUAUUUUAAAACGAAUAUUCGCUGGGGCUUAACUAACUAAUUAAUUAACAAUAAAUUUGUGGUCAUCUUGUCUCUAACGAACAAUAUGAAUACUAUGUUGUGCCUUUGAGGGAAGUUUAGGAUAAUAAUUGUAAACUAUUGCGUUACAAUGAAUAUAAUAUAUUGAUUAUCAAUAAAACACCGUACGCGUACGAAUUAAAAAAGUCAUAUUUAAUUUUCUUUUAUUCAACCGCGUCGAAAAACAAAACGCACACGUUCGUUUUCAGAUCGCAUUCUUAUAUUAUGUAUAUUAUACAGAAUGCCAGAUCCAGAUAUAAAUAAUGCUUUUUCUCUUAUGCUUAGACUAUAAAUUUUUGCGUUUAGGAUUAAAUUAGAAUUUAAACACAAUUAACAAUAUUUUAAGAGGAAACUAUUUCCAAGAGCUGUAUGUAGCUUUUUUUUUUUGAAAAAUUGUCAUACAAAAAAGUUAUAGCUAUGAAAGAAAAUAACAAUUAAUACGGCUAUAAUAUUUUUAUAUAAAAAUUGUUUAUUCUUAUUUAUUUUAUUUGUAUUGGUUGUGUUUGGAUUUGUUUUUGCUUCAAUAUCGAUUUGUAUAAAAUGUACGACAUGUAUAAUUUUUUUAAUAAAUUAAAAAAAAAAAAAAAUGUAUGCAAAAUAGAUAUUAAAAUGCAAGAAUUAAACGUUCACUAUUUUAUGUUUAAAUGUUCUUUACUUAAAAGGAAAUAAUAUUAUUUUAUAUAGUUUCGAGUUUAAUUUUGAUUUAAGGAGUUUACGCAAAUAAAAUCGAACAUUUUUUAAAAAUAUUACGUUUAAUGUAAUACUUACUAUAUUUGUCUUUUUUACUCUUAAAACACAAAUAUUAUGUAUAUAGGUGAGUUUUCAAAUUAAUUUACAAAAAUUUGGUCGAGAUUUUCAUGGGGGAAUUGUGUUUAUAUCGUUUCGUUUGUUUUUCAUUUUUUUUUUUUUUUUAAUUUUUUUUUAUCUCUUGUCAAACGGUAAGUUAACUAACAAAAGAAAAACCGUGUAAAUAUUUAUAGAAAUCUGGAGUAAAUAUACUAUACGGGUAAAUAUAAAAAUACGGUGACAAAGAAAAGGAAAAUUGUUUUUUUCGCUCUGUACACGUGACACCCUCGUCAUCGUCGUCGAUAUAAAUCCUCUCAAAUAAAAUUGUAUUAUUACUAUUAUUAUUAUAACCAUCAAUCUAGACACGUGAGGAUUGUUAACACGUUUUUUUUUUUCCUGAAUAUAUUAUCAUACAAAUAAUAAUACAUGGAAUUUUUACAGGGACAAAACGAACUUAGGAAACCUGUUGACUAGGGACCGUCGGCCGCUCGUCAUCGUCUUGGUGAUGGCCGUACUGCAAAUGGCCAGUGGUGCAAGUGUACUGGAAGCCUACGGCUCCGCCUUGCUGGCCGGCUAUGGCGUGUCGUCGAACGUGCUUGCAGUGUUUCUGGGCUUGACCAUCCUAGUGGCUGCGGUGCCGUUCAUGCUAGCCGUGGACCGGUACGGCCGCCGGCCUCUUAUGCUUGUCUCGUGUUUCGGUACGGCCGUCUGUCACGCACUCGUCGUCUACUUUCUGUGGCAUCGGCUGGCUGGCGGCGCCGCCGAUAAUUGGUGGCUGCCGUUGUUCGCAUCGAUUUCCGGCGUCCAGUUCUUCAUCAACAUCGGUAUCAUGCCCAUGCUGGCCGUCGUUGAGUGCGAGUAUUUUCCAUCCGACACUAGGGCUCUGGCCGACACGGCAGUCGUGCUCACACUAACGCUAUCGUCCACCGUCGCCAUCACCACCUACCAGGCCACCGGGGGGUUCAGCCAAGUCGUCAACUACGCUGUUUAUGCUGCGCUGUCCUUGGCCGGCGGCGUGUUCUGCUACGUUUUCAUGCCAGAGACAAAAUGCAAAACGUUCGUCGAAAUACAAAAAGACUUCCGACCUUUGGACUGUCUUACACAGGAAUAUGAUCACAUUUGAAUACACGAUAAUCAUGAAAUAUCAUCGUAAUAUUUUCCGCUCCAACCCGUCGAAUACCAAUAUAUUAUUGCGUUUAUUGAGUAUUUUUUUUUUUUUAACCGCUGUGAAUAAAUAAUAUAAUUUUAUCAGUGUAUUUGUACGGAAUAUCGGUAGACGAGUUCCAAUGGACUGAAGACUGUACAAUGUACACAGAUUAUAAUGCAUUAUAAUGUACUUAGAUUAUUUUAUUCAAUUAGUUUUAUUUUGAAAAUAAAAUAUUAUUGAACGGUUUUCACGGAAUUUGGUUCGUUCGGUUCAGGAUGAAUUCACCACCUAUGGCCAUUAUCCCUGCUA